GCCGUCCACUGCUCUCCGCUCUUUGCGGUCCACCACAGGUAUCGCAGUAUCGACGCUUUGAUUCGUUCCGGGCCAGGCUGGCCCUAGGCGCUCAGCAGAGAGAGGCGGCAUAGGCGACCGAGACCGAGUCGGAGAGCUGCCCAGAAGGCCUGCUGGCUAUAGAAGAGGAAGCAGGAGCUUUCCAGAGACUUUGCAGCUCACGAAGGACGUCGCUCGAACAUUCUGUUUGUGACGAUCAGAGAAGACCAGAAGACCUGCCUGACGUGGCGACUUUUGCAUUUCCCUUGCAAGAAGGUGAACAACAUGUCCAGCCUUGUGAUGGAGGACAUGGGUCGAGUCCUGCCGAGAGACUCGCCCUUUGUCGGGUGCCUGCGCCAUGCGCCGCAGCAGAUCCUCAUGGGCCACCUGGACCGGCUCAUGCGGCGCCGAGUGCCUGCGGAGCUGGCGCUCGGCCCAGAUCCAAGCGACUUCACAGAGGAGCGUGCAUUCUCUACCUACGACAGUGCGAAGAAGUUGCCAUCCUCCUCUCCGUACGUUGGUUUUCAACGCCAUGCACCGCCAUCUUCCCCGGCUCUGUCCUUUGCAGAUUCGGCCGUCCGACCUGGGUACUUUCGAUUGCCAGGAGGCGUGCCGGAACUUGAUCUCAAGGACACGUUGCCUGGCGAGUUGCCUGAGGAGGUGUGGAGUGAGGUGAUGCGCUCCAUCAUCGAUGUGCCAACCCUUGCGGCGCUCUCGAGGGUGUGCACAGGCUUUCACAAGGUGGCUGUGUCUGAGGAUGCCUGGCGAGACCGUGUGGUUCGGGUGCCGCCCAGUUGCCUGGAGCACCUGGCGCCGCAUCUGAGCUGCUGGCUGGAGGCCUGGGCUGCAGCCAAGAAGCUGGUACUGCCCCGGUCAGCGCAGCUUUUGAAGCAAGUGGCCCAGCAAGCCCCGGCGAUCCCCGUGGAGGUGAGUUGGCGAUUCGACCGACACCUCAAAGGCGAUGGUGUAGAGGUCGUGCAGCAUGGACGGGCAGUGCGACGAGUCGCAGAAGAGGAGCUGGUGGUGCUUGGAGAUGCGGCGCUCCCCUGCGCGACGCGCCUCCCGUAUUUGGAGGUUCAUUUGGACAAGUGCGGCGAGGGCAUCGGCGACAGCAUCAACGACUUCGGCUUCGGUGUAACAGCCUGUGACCCGCAGGAGAUCGCCGAGCUGGGUUCUGUGGCUGACGAGGUGCCCAGCUCCUGGGUGGUGGACUUCACCCAGUCCAUGGUAUGCCUCAGCGUCAACAACCGGGAGGCAUCCCAGGGAAAGCAUCUCUCAGCAGCAGCCCUCAAGGAGGGCAGCAACGUCGGGCUCCUGAUCAAGCCAGAAGCGUUUGAGAUUUAUAUCGACGGCAUCCUCCGAGAGACCCUCGCAGUGCAAGCGGAGGAGCGCGUGCCAGCCAAUGUCGGGCUGUUCCCGGUUUUGGACUUGUACGGUCGGACCAUCCAAAUCUCAAAGACCGACGCAGAGGAGCCAUGAGACAUCGAGCUCCCGGACCUCCAGGUUGCUUCCGAAGGUCUGGGUAGAGAGCACACGCAGUUUCCAGCAUGUGAGGCCUUGCAGCAAGAGACUGCGUUGCGGAACAUUUGAAGGAUUUUAAAAAUUUGCGUGGCUUCCGCUGCUACGCUCCCUUCACAACGCACACGUCCGGGCUGCCUUUAGCAUUCCACCGGACCAGUUUCACCAAGUUUCAGGCCGAUUCAAACUAAGCACCCAA